AUUUAGAUAGUUUAGGAACCAGAAAUCCCACUGGGAAUAAAUCCAUGUUUCUGGACACUUAUGGACGACGGCAAGUGAAGCGCUUUGAAGACAUGGACGCGGCGGCGGAGUUCCGGUUUCACGACUUGUUGGCAGUUUAAAAGCGGGUUCCGGUGGCGAUAUUUUUCUGGUCAGGAAGUUUGACGCACUCAGUUGAAGAUUAGGACUAUUUCUUACUUCGUUUUGGUUUGGGGGGAGUUGUGGACCGCCGUCGGCUCCAGGAGCCGCACGACACCGCGGUGUCUCUUGAGAGAAGACGGAGGCUGAACACUCAGGAACCGACAUGUAAAAACCAGAAGUCUAAACAUCGACGGACUUAUUCCACUUGGCCUCCCUAAUGAAUCGAGGUGAAGUGUAUUAAGCAAAACCUUUUAGUUACAUGUAGUUGUUGUCUUCUGCUCGAGUCAUUUUAACACGUGUGCUAAUUAUUCCGAUUCAACUUAAUCAAUGCUUUUGCAGUAGGCCGUUAUGCAUUAUAUAUGCUUAUGGUGAGGGUCAUAUUCAAGUUGCAAUGGGACGUAGCUCUAUUAAAAAAUAAAGACAUCUGCAGUCUGGACUGUUCGGGACUCCAACCUGGCAACACGGGGAAGGAAAAUCUGCAAAUUUAGCAGGAAGAGCGGCUCUCCAAAUCACGGAAAUCGCUCCUCUGGCGAAGCUGCUGCUCAUAAAUGGAUUUCAUACAGGCCACUCGGUUAUUGUUGCACCUUGUCUGCUAGUUUCUGGUUCCUAUUUGCACGGGACACGGCUCCCCCCACGCGCAAGCGUGAACGCGCUGACAACCGUGUGUGACGAAUGUGAGAAUGUUUUGGAAAUUUAAGUUUCCCAAAGAGCCGAGGCUGGAGCGGAGCAGGGGUUCGCCUUCGGGCCGCAGCUGCAGCCGCCUGAUGUAGGCUUCCCCCCCCACAUCGGAAUAUUGUCUCUGUGCGACUCCCAGCGGUCGGAUGUGUGUGCGUUGGCUUCCUGGACAUUAUCCGUUCGUGUGGCUGCAUUAAUUUUCCGUUUAAGAAAACCAAUUACCUGGCGGGGUCAGCCCCGCCAUGGCGAACGCGCUCGCGCGCUCCCCGGUGCGUCGGCUCGACUGAGGGCAGUGAUGGACGUGAGCGUCGGCCGGACCUACCGGGUCAUCAUCUCCGCCGCGAGACGCCGGUGACCGUCGUGAGCUGCCCGCGGGAGGAGACUUAACCCGGCGGAGGUCGUCCAGGCGACAGGCUGUGUGUGUUGGGGGGGGGGCGGCACAACACAGACGUUUCUGAGGACUGGCUCGUAGACCCCGUACGCAAGCAUCGCCACAAUGAAUGAGAGGCAGGCGCUCCACUCGAUAAUGAAAGACCUGGUUGCCCUCCAGAUGACCCGCCGCCAGCCUGUGUUGUCGUAUGACAGCAGCAAACCCAAGACGCCGGCCCAGGCCAACAGACAGGACGAUGUCAGGAUAAAGUUUGAGUUCUCAGGAGAGCGGAGGAUCCUGGUGUUUGCACGGCCCGUGCAGUUCGAGGAAGUCCAGCAGAAAGUCACGACUGUCUUUGGCCAGCAGCUCGACCUGCACUAUAUGAACAACGAGUUGUCCAUCCCUCUGCGAGAUCAGGGUGACCUGGACAAGGCGAUCGACCUGCUGGACCGGAGCUCCAACAUGAAGAGCAUCAGGAUCCUGCUGCUCACUCAGGAGCACAGCAAUGCCUCCUCCGCCUCCCACCACGUUCCGUGCAAGCAGGUGAGGAUCAAGUCCUCCCAGUCCACUGGAGACGUGAGCACGGCGUACCAGUCCUCCGAGCCCAGGGGGCGCCACCCAUCUACUGGCUCUCAGAACACGGGGCGUCGCUCGCCUCCUCCUGGUUACGUGCCUGAACGCCAGCAGAGGAUUGCCCGCCAAGGUUCAUACACCAGCAUAAACAGUGAGGGGGAGUUCAUCCCUGAGACCAGCGAUCAGUGUGUGUUGGAUCCCUGGAGCAGUGCAGAAAACUCCGUCUCUGGAAGCUGUCAGUCUCUGGACAGCAACUCCGACAGCCCUUCACUGAGGAAGUCUCGCAUGCACAGAGCCAAGAGUCAGGAGUGCUCAGACAGGGAAAAUCAUGUGCAUGACCGGGUAGCAGGGAAAGGAGGCACCUAUCCUCGUAGGUACCAUGUCUCCCUGCAUCAUAAGGACCACAGUGAAGGCCGUCGGACGUUUCCACGGAUCCGCCGCCCCCAGGGGAACCUUUUCACUCUGGUGCCCUCACGCCGGUCGCUCAACGGCAGCGAGGAGAGCGUGGGCAGCUGGCAGCUGGUCGACGCUCAGGGCAGGCUCCGCCCCCAAGAUCGUUCUGCCGCGCAUAAGUCCCCCGGUGCUCCGAUGACGUGGCGGCGGGGGAAGCUUCUGGGCCAGGGGGCGUUUGGUCGGGUUUACCUGUGUUACGAUGUGGAUACUGGGAGGGAACUGGCUGCCAAGCAGGUCCAGUUUGAUCCGGAGAGUCCUGAGACCAGCAAGGAGGUCAGCGCUUUGGAGUGUGAAAUCCAGUUGCUGAAAAACCUGCAUCACGAGCGUAUUGUUCAGUACUACGGCUGUCUGAGGGACCACAACGAGAAGACGCUCACGAUUUUCAUGGAGUACAUGCCGGGGGGUUCAGUCAAGGACCAGCUGAAGGCCUACGGGGCGCUGACAGAAAACGUGACCCGGAAGUACACAAGACAGAUCCUGGAGGGCAUGUCCUAUCUGCACAGCAACAUGAUCGUACACAGGGACAUCAAAGGUGCCAACAUCCUGCGGGAUUCAGAGGGCAACGUGAAGCUCGGAGAUUUCGGUGCCAGCAAGAGGCUGCAGACCAUCUGCAUGUCUGGGACCGGCAUCCGCUCUGUGACCGGCACCCCCUACUGGAUGAGCCCGGAGGUGAUCAGUGGAGAGGGCUACGGCAGGAAGGCGGACGUCUGGAGCCUUGGUUGUACGGUGGUUGAGAUGCUGACAGAAAAGCCUCCGUGGGCUGAAUACGAGGCCAUGGCGGCCAUAUUCAAGAUCGCCACGCAGCCCACCAACCCGCUGCUGCCCUCGCACACCUCGGACCAGGCUCGAGACUUCAUAAGCUGCAUCUUUGUGGAUGCUAAACACCGGCCCGGUGCCGAGGAGCUGCUGAGACAUCCCUUCUCCCAGAUUCUGUGCUGAAGCCGGCCUGGUUUCUGAACUUCACCCAGAGAGCAGCCUCGGCAGUCUCCGUCGUGUCGUCGACUCCCACACAUUCACAACGUGUGGAUGUGGAACUGAUCUAGAAAUCAGUGUUAAACUCCCCGAGCUUCUUCCAGAGCUCCGAUGCUCCUCCACGUAAAUCCCGACUAACAAGACGGCUUUCCAGCAGCAGCCAUCGAUGCCUUGGAAACUGUGCACCGACAAGAGUGACCACACGAGGGAAGCCAAACGCAGGCUAAGCGUCUGGUGUGGGGCGGCGGAGCCUUCUCAGGCACCGGCGCACGCUGUGCGUAGAGCAGCUACACUGGAGUUAGAGGAAGGAUGUUGUUCAGCUGCGCCGAUAUUAAACGGGCCGAGGCAUGUUUUGGUUCAGGCCCUUCAGAAUUAAGACAUCAUUUAACAUGGGUUUAGUCAUUUUACAGGUAGGAAUUAAUAACAGGAGCAAAUUACUUUGUCCAGUCGCCUCAAUGGACCACGAUGCACGGCAGCUACUUCCCCCGGUUUGUGCCUCUUGUGUUUUGCUGUUACAUUCGAGUCACAUCGGCAAACAUCUGUUUCCCUGACAAAAUAAUGGCUGGUUGAUCUCUGAAAACCCCAGAAGGAUGUUAACAACACUAAAAAAAACUUGUAUAACCAUCUGGAUGUGAAAAGUGUCAGUCGUACCAAACAUAACUGAUACCAAUUGUUUAAUUGCUUAAUGUUGUAUAAAUUAUAUAACGCCCUGUCAUUUCCGGCUACCCUCUUUGUUUGAGUUUGGAAACAGAAUCGCCGCUUGGGAAACUGGUCGUAAAUAAUUUUGCUUGGAUGGAAAAUACCGUCACAGCUCAAGAAAAAGGUUAAACGAUAUCUUUUUUUUAAUUGACAAAGCAGCAAUUUGUAUUAUUUUUUUACAGUGAGAAGAGUUUCUGAGGACUUUCAAAAUGUUCUGUUAAAUGAUCUUCGUGGUUUUAAGAAGAUGACUUAGUGUUUUAAACCAAAAGCGUAGCCAGUUACUACAAUGUGAAUGUUGUACCAAACUAGGGAUAUGCCGCAUAACAGCAUGUUUUAAGAUGUGACUUCAUUUUUCGUCACAGAAACAAACACUCCCUCCAUUGACACUAUUUCUGUCCUCCUACCUAUGAAGCUAAUUAAUGCAUGAGAAGAUAUACAAUCUAGGCAUUUACAUUGAAUAAUAUACUUCUAUAAAGUAUGAGAUGUAUUUUGCACAAGAGGAGCCGAGUGUGUAUUUUUCUUGUUCUACCUUUUGCCAAAAUGUGACUUAUCUUCUCCGUGCCAUCCUCUUUUAGUGCCAGAGAGACAGAUUCAAUAGGAUGCUUGGCUAUGUGUGAAAAGGAAGCAGCUGAUGCUUUUCAUGGUGUUAAAAUACAAACGUGGGGCCUUAAUUAGGAAGUGAUUUCCUUUGCCUAAGAUCUUACUGUUGAUUUGUGUCGAGACCAAACAUCCCAGACUGAGAAGCCGUUGCUUUAAAUCAGAUGCACUUUUGAUGUAAAAUGAAUGUUGUGGAGUUUUUGUUGUCUAUACCAAAGUUUCUUUAAAUUUUUUUCUUUCGUUUUUUUACUUCAAAUGUGAAUUUUUUUUCAUUUUUAUUUAUAUUCCCAUGUCUAUUCCAAUUAGAUUUGUCUAUGCAAAAAUAUAUACAUGUGUGUGUGUUUAUAACUAUAUAUAUAUGUAUGUAUAUAUAUAUAUGUGGGUGUGUAGAGAAAUAUAUUUUUUAUAUUUAGUGUCAAAUCUAAUGAUACUUUCAGGACUGGGUGUCUUUAAAAGUAAAUCAUUGAAAGCAGCUGGUUUUGCAGACAUUACAGAAUUGGGGUGUAUAAAUGGAAAAAGGGUGAAAAACGAACUCUGGCUGCCUGGUUAUUGUUCAAGCUCCGAAAAAAACCCAGAAGCUUUUUCAGCUAUAGAUUUGGGAGGUUAUGGAAACCGUACAUCAUUGAUGAGGUCUUCUGGAUGAAACCUUUAACGGGUUUAACUGCUGGGAGUCAUUUCAUGUGAUCUGAGUGUUACUAAAGGGCAACUCAAGGGGCACGUGAGCCAAAGACGAGCAGGGUGGACCCAGUGCUGCAUUUCAGAGUUCGCCGCUCAACCCAGACGACGACUCCGUUUACCCCGGGGUUCAGACCGAACGAAGGGCUUCUGCUGCCUUCAGGAGCCGCUGCCGGCUCCCGGCAUCUUCAAUGUGUACAAAUGCAAAUCAUGCUUCUGUCGGGGAAACGACAGUGAGAGAAAGGACCCCGUGGAAAGCCGACGAACACAAGUAGAUUUGUAGAGAUCUAAAUGUAUGAUUAUGUAUCAUGACGGGACUUGCAGUGCAAAGUCUAAUGUAUCGACUAUUUUACAGUCAGAAAAGAAUCGUAUGUUGCCCUCUCCCCAAAACAAAUAAAUAGUUUUGAACAUA